UGCACGUUGUGUGGCUAGGAAGUUCGUCACUGUUUGGUGUAGGAGUUCAGGCGCCUCGAGUUGUUUUCGGUUUAAUUUCUGGUGCGGUUAGAAUUUUGUUUAGGUUCAAAUCAGACUCGAAGCAGAAGCGGUGAUCACAAAUAUCAGCAUUGAUAAACAUAUCACUGAGGAUCUUGAUCAUAUUCAUCGCCGCAUCGGAGUCCGUUUAGUCAGCGCAACUUGUGUCGAGAUGAGUGUGGAAGCGUACGGGCCGAGUUCUCAAACGCUCACCUUCCUGGACACCGAAGAAGCGGAGCUACUUGGAGCAGAUACCCAGGGCUCGGAGUACGAGUUUACCGAUUUUACCCUACCUAGCCAGACACAAACUCAAGGCCACACCCAGAGUCAGCUGGACAAUCAGGUGAAUGGUCCUAAUGAAGGGCUUCACAAUGGAGGGGUUGAUGAUGUUGCCAAGGCGAGCCAACUCCUCUCUGAGUUGAACUUUGAGGAGGAUGAAGAGGACACCUAUUACACUAAAGACCUCCCACUGCAUGCCUGCAGUUACUGUGGCAUCCAUGAUCCUGCGUGUGUGGUGUACUGCAACACAAGCAAGAAGUGGUUCUGCAAUGGACGUGGCAAUACAUCUGGCAGCCACAUCGUAAACCACUUGGUGAGAGCCAAAUGCAAAGAGGUGACUCUGCACAAAGACGGGCCGCUGGGCGAGACGGUGUUGGAGUGCUACAACUGUGGCUGUCGCAACGUCUUCCUCCUGGGCUUCAUACCCGCCAAGGCCGACUCUGUGGUGGUGCUGCUGUGCAGGCAGCCAUGUGCCAGUCAGAGCAGCCUGAAAGACAUAAACUGGGACAGCUCCCAGUGGCAGCCGCUGAUCCAGGACCGCUGCUUCCUGUCCUGGCUAGUGAAGAUCCCCUCGGAGCAGGAGCAGCUCCGGGCCCGCCAGAUUACCGCCCAACAGAUCAACAAGCUAGAGGAGCUCUGGAAGGACAAUCCAACAGCCACUCUGGAGGAUCUGGAGAAGCCCGGUGUAGACGAGGAGCCUCAGCACGUGCUGCUGCGCUACGAGGAUGCCUACCAGUACCAGAACAUCUUCGGCCCCCUGGUCAAACUGGAGGCCGACUACGACAAAAAGCUUAAAGAGUCCCAGACCCAAGAUAAUAUAACGGUCAGGUGGGACCUGGGGCUGAAUAAAAAGCGGAUUGCCUAUUUCUCCUUGCCCAAGACGGAUUCAGGUGACAUGCGGCUGAUGCAGGGAGAUGAGAUUUGUCUGCGCUACAAAGGAGACCUGGCCCCACUUUGGAAGGGCAUCGGCCAUGUCAUCAAAGUCCCAGACACACCCUUUGUGAAAGACUAUGGAGAUGAGAUUGCUAUAGAAUUGCGCAGCAGUGUCGGAGCACCUGUGGAAAUAACCCACAACUACCAGGUCGAUUUCGUGUGGAAGUCCACUUCCUUUGACAGAAUGCAGAGUGCCCUGAAGACCUUUGCUGUGGACGAGACGUCUGUGUCAGGCUACAUCUACCACAAGCUGCUGGGCCACGAGGUGGAGGAUGUCAUCAUCAAGUGUCAGCUGCCCAAACGCUUCACUGCCCAGGGCCUGCCCGAUCUCAACCACUCUCAGGUGUAUGCUGUGAAGACUGUGCUGCAAAGACCCCUCAGUCUUAUCCAAGGCCCCCCUGGCACUGGCAAAACUGUCACCUCUGCCACCAUAGUGUACCAGCUCGCCAGGCAGGGCAACGGACCCGUGCUGGUGUGUGCUCCCAGUAACAUCGCGGUGGACCAGCUGACUGAGAAGAUCCACAUGUCAGGUCUGAAGGUGGUCCGGCUGUGUGCUAAGAGCAGAGAGGCCAUCGACUCCCCCGUCUCAUUCCUGGCGCUGCACAACCAGAUCCGCAACAUGGACAGUAUGCCAGAGCUGCAGAAGCUGCAGCAGCUGAAGGAUGAGACCGGGGAGCUGUCGUCUGCUGACGAGAAGCGUUACCGGGCCCUGAAGCGCACCGCUGAGCGAGAGCUGCUCACGAAUGCGGAUGUGAUCUGCUGUACCUGUGUGGGGGCAGGAGAUCCACGCCUGGCCAAGAUGCAGUUCCGCUCAAUCCUGAUUGAUGAAAGCACCCAGGCCACCGAGCCAGAGUGCAUGGUGCCUGUGGUCCUGGGUGCCAAGCAGCUCAUUCUGGUGGGAGACCACUGCCAGCUGGGCCCAGUAGUGAUGUGUAAGAAGGCAGCCAAAGCAGGCCUGUCCCAGUCUUUGUUUGAGCGUCUGGUGGUGCUGGGCAUCAGGCCCAUUCGUCUGCAGGUGCAGUACCGUAUGCACCCGGCCCUCAGCUCUUUCCCCUCCAACAUCUUCUACGAGGGCUCCCUGCAGAACGGAGUCACCGCUGCUGACCGCAUCAAGAAAGGCUUUGACUUCCAGUGGCCACAGCCAGACAAGCCCAUGUUCUUCUAUGUAACUCAAGGCCAGGAGGAAAUAGCCAGCUCUGGAACGUCCUACCUGAACAGAACUGAGGCGGCCAACGUGGAGAAGAUCACAACUAGGCUGCUGAAGGCUGGGGCCAAGCCUGACCAGAUAGGCAUCAUCACCCCCUACGAGGGCCAGAGGUCCUACCUGGUGCAGUACAUGCAGUUCAGUGGUUCCCUCCAUACAAAACUCUACCAGGAGGUUGAGAUCGCCAGCGUGGAUGCGUUCCAGGGCAGGGAGAAGGACUUUAUCAUCCUGUCGUGCGUACGAGCCAACGAGCACCAGGGCAUCGGCUUCCUUAAUGACCCGCGCCGUCUCAACGUGGCCCUCACCAGAGCCAAGUAUGGAGUGAUCAUUGUGGGCAACCCAAAGGCCCUGUCCAAGCAGCCUCUGUGGAACCACCUGCUCAACUACUACAAGGAGCAGAAGGUUCUGGUGGAGGGACCCCUCAACAACCUGAGAGAGAGCCUGAUGCAGUUCAGCAGGCCCCGCAAGCUGAUCAAUGCCAUCAACCCUGGAGCCCGGUUCAUGAGCACUGCCAUGUAUGAUGCCCGCGAGGCCCUCAUCCCUGGGUCUGCCUACGAUCGCAGCAGCGCAGGGCGUCCAUCCAACAUGUAUUUCCAAACCCACGAUCAGAUCGGCAUGAUUGGGGCUGGGCCAGCCCACCUGGCGUCCAUGAACAUGCCUAUUCCCUUCAACUUGGUGGUGCCACCCAUGCCUCCGCCAGGCUACCUGGCCCAGGCCAACGGCCCUGCUGCAGGUCGUGGUGGGGCGCUGAAGGGCAAAGCGGGGCGUGGCGGGCGCCAGAGGACCCGCGGCAUGGGGAACCACGGUAGCAGCGGGCAGGCCAACGGGCACAACAGCCAGGUCAGCCAGGACGUGUCUUCCCAGCCCUUCUCCCAGGGGCCACUUACCCAGGGCUACAUCACCAUGAGUCAGCCCUCCCAGAUGAGCCAGCCUGGCCUCUCCCAGCCUGAACUUUCCCAGGACAGUUAUUUAGGUGACGAGUUCAAGUCCCAGAUCGACGUGGCUCUGUCGCAGGAUUCGACUUACCAGGGUGAACGUGCAUACCAACAUGGUGGGGUGACUGGACUGUCACAGUACUAGAGUGUUGUUGGAAGAGGAGCUAGGCUUGAGCUGAGCUUAGUUCAUCAGCAUUUUAAUCUGGGUAAUAAUAAAAACAAAAAAUGGAUACCUGUUUUCCUCUGCUACAACUGAAGCACCACCGUGUGAAAUCAUCGGGAGAGAGAAACCAACCAAUCGCGAGAGAGAAAGUGAUGGAAAGAACGGACGACCAGGAAGAGGGAACGUGUGGGAGUGAGGGACCACUGCCGGCACAUGGGAACGAAAGCGAGAGGAAGACGGUGGCCAGCGGUCGAGCUGUCGUGAGGAAGACGAAACGAGGAACAACUCCCUCCCUCCACAACCCUUUUCCCACCUCCCCUUCCAACCUCACGCCUCUGUCUGAGAGAAUGACCAGUUAUCCAGAGGACCUUGCUCUUUGAUCAGCUAACAGAGAAAGAGAAGUUCUCAAGCAACUUGGCUGGGGGAGCACUUUCCACUAACUCUCAAAAGCAGAUAACAAGAAAGUAGAGGGGGGAGGGUGUGGAACACUUCAAGCUGGCAACAUAGGAAAUCCUCACCUCAAUGUUGAUCGCUUGCCAAACCCGUUUGAUACCCAGACUCAUUUGUUUGGAUUGAUGUGGAGGACGAGUGGCGGUGUUGAUCUCAACUCUCAGACCUGAAAUCUCAUCAAAUGACCGCAAGAGGAACAGUCUCCAAGAGGAACAGUCUCCAAGAGGAACAGUCUCCAAGAGGAACAGUCUCCAAGAGGAACAGUCUCCAAGAGGAACAGUCUCCAAGAGGAACAGUCUCCAAGAGGAACAGUGUCCAAGAGGAACAGUCUCCGUUCACGUCGUCGUUCAACUUUGAGUUGAAAAGUUUUCUCCGCUAAAGUCUGAUAAUAAAGAACUUUGAAUUGAAAUGCCUUUGGCCUUCAGAACCAUUUGGCUUUUUCAACAGGUCUUUUCAGAAACAGGUGGUUAACUAGAAGUCUGGUGGAGUUGAGUGGCAUGGGGAUAUCAGAGGAAAGUUUCUGAAGUGGUGACCUCUGGAUCCAAGAGAUCUGUAAUCGUGAGACUAUUUGUUUUUGAAGUACCUUUCUUAUUGCAGAGCGCAAAAGGCAAAAAAAUAUUUAAUUGAAAAAUGACCAGCAUUGAAUAAUAUUAACUCAAUAUUAUUUGAAGUUGCAGCAAAGGCUUUUUUUAUCUUUUGAAAGGGGGGGUGGGGUGACAUGAGAUGUCGCCCGCUGUGCUGUUCAGCGGAUAAUUUUCUAUGUUUUAAACGUUUUUAUGCUUAGAUUGGCAGCGGCUUUGAAGUAAUGCUUUACUUGGGGGAAUUCUUUGUGGAUGUAAGAUCCGUCUGCAUCAACACUGAGCUAUUAAUGGAAACUGAUUUCCACUAUAGUCUACACACUUUUGUGUCACUAUUGAAGUUGCAAGAGGCAGGUGGCUUGGUGUGAAAUACGCUACAUGGCCUAAAGUAUGUGGACACCCCUUCAAAUUAGUGGAUUCGGGUAUUUUAGAUACACCUGUUGCUGACAGGUGCAUACAGUCGAGCACACAGCCAUGAAAUCUCCAUAGACAAACAUUGGCAGUAGAAUGGCCCGUACUGAAGAGCUCAGUGACUUUCAAAGUGGCAACGUCAUAGGAUGCCACUUUUCCAACAAGUCAGUUGGUCAAAUUUCUGCCCUGCUAGAGCUGCCUGGGUCAACUCUAAGUGCUGGUAUUGUGAAGUGGAAAUGUCUAGGAGCAACAAUGGCUCAGCCGCGAUGCGGUAGGCCACACAAGCUCACAGAAUGGGACCGUAGCGUGUAAAAAUCGCCUUUCCUCAGUUGCAACACUCACUACCGAAUUCCAAACUGCCUCUGGAAGCAACGUCAACACAAGAACUGUUCAUCGGGAGCUUCAUGAAAUGGCUUUCCUUGGCCGAGCAGCUACACACAAGCCGAAGAUCACCAUGCGUAAUGUCAAGCUUCGGUUGGAGUGGUGUAAAGCGUGUCACCAUUGGACUCUGGAGCAAUGGAAACGCGUUCUCUGCAGUGAUAAAUCACGCUUCAUCAUCUGGCUGUUGACGGACAAAUCUGAAUUUGGUGAAUGCCAGGAGAACACUACCUGCCCCGAAUGCAUAGUGCCAACUUUAAAGUUUGGUGGAGGAGGAAUAAUUGUCUGGGGCUAUUUUUCAUGGUUUGGGCUAGGCCCCUUAGUUCCAAUGAAGGGAAAACUUAACGCUACAGCAUAAAAUGACAUUCUAGACGAUUCUGUGCAUCCAACAUUGUGGCAAAAGUUUGGCAACGUCAUAGGAUGCCACUUUUCCAACAAGUCAGUUGGUUUGGGGAAUGAUCUUUCCUGUUUCAGCAUGCCAAUGCCCCCAUGCACAAAGUGAGGUCCAUACAGAAAUGGUUUGUCUUUUGGGAUGAAUUGGAACGCCAACUGCGAGCCAGGCCUAGUUGUCCGACCUCACUAAUGCUCUUGUGGCUGAAUGUAAAGCAAGUCCCCGCAGAAAUGUUCCAACAUCUAGUGCUGUUAUAGCAGCAAAGGGGAGCUGACUCCAUAUUAUUGCCCAUGAUUUUGGAAUGAGAUGUUCGGUGUGCAGGUGUCCACAAACUUUUGGUUAUGUAGUGUAACAGUUAAGGAAUAGACUAGGAUGGUGGCUGGAAGAAGGAUAAGGCUUGUGAACUCCUUGAAGAUGCAUCCUCCGAAUCUGGUUAUUUAGUAUGGAGAGUCAAUUGGCGUUCAAAUUUGAAUGUGAUUCUUCCCCUGUGAAAUGCAGUCGUGCGUAUAGAAUGUUAGCUACAUGACUAGAAUUAAGUUGUCAAAUCCAAAGUAUUUGAAACCAUUUCACACCAGUUACACAAUCAGUAAAAUACUGAUUUUGAUACAAGGUGACAGUGAUUUCUCACAUAAAAAGAAUGAAUGCAUCCGAAUCAGUACCCGUAACUUCCUUUUGGUUAUUUGCAGGUAUAAAGCAGCACAAACAUGAAUGAAGGUGAAAGCAACCUAUGCCAGCAUAUACCAACUUCAUAGAAAGAAUCACUGAAUGUGACCAGUAUGUUGUGACAUUGAAACCAGAGUCCUAACUUGAACCUGAGUCAAUGUUUCUGAAUGGUUACUGAAUGUACAAACUGGUUUAAGCCACCUUCCUUCUCUUAGGAGUUGCCACUAAAUGGCCUUCCUUUUGUAACUUCUAUUUUAUGAGUGUUUUACAUUUUUGGCUUCCCUAUAGUUCGCCCAUCUGUUUGCUCCAAAUUCCUAUGGCUCCCAAACCCUCCAUUCUUACUCCUCUGUGAAUUGUAAUGUAAUCAGCCCCCCAGUAUUUCCUUUUUUGCAUGAUUUGCCUGCCAUUUUCUGAAGGGGCGAGGUUGUGAACAGCAAAAUGAGACUUAAACCACACUAUAUGGUUUAAUUUGUUAUCUGAUGACAAAGGGGGAUUAAAUAAUGUUUUUGUUUUUUAAAAGUUUUAAAUCAAUCAUUUAAAUAAACUGUACAUGACUGUUUUAUAUUGAGGAAUCCUUGUCUAUUUGAGGAGGCCUCUAUCAGUUUUUAGGAAUGUUAUUUGGAUGCUUAGAGCAUCAAAUUGAGAAUGAUUUCAUUUUAGCUCACCACCUGCUUUGUCCUCUGAUGUCCAUUCAUUUUUCUUUUUCUUUGUCGUCACCUGACUUUGAAUAUGUCAAUCCAAAACACAUUGUAUGACAAUCUUGCUGUCAAAUAGCUAGUCAUGGUUGAAAAAAUACUUACAAAUUGUCUUUUUUGAUCAACAUUAUGCAUUUUUUCCCAUGUUGAUUAUGUUACUGUAUUUCACAUCAAGAAAUACAAGAAUUCCAGCAGGGAAUAUAGCAUUGCUCCUUAUACUUUUACUAAGAUGGUGACAUUAUACUUAUGUUGAAAUGAAAUACAGCAAUCCUGCUAUCAUAGUUUGUCAUCUGUUACAUGGUCAGCACUGCUAACUAGAAAUGUAUUAAAAGUAUAUUACCAAACUAUACUGCAGGAAUCAAUGGAUAAGAACAGACAUUUUUUACCGUAAUAGUAAUACGGUAAUGUAUGCCUUCCUUCUUCCCAGCAUUUGGAUUCUCACUAUGGAAAAACUGCACUGGAUUUGCAAGAAUUAGUAUUUUAGUUGCAGUGAAUAUUAAUCAAGACAUUUCGCCUGAUGAUUCCUUUCUUGUGAAACUGAAACAAAGGUUGCUUAUAUAUCAAAGGGUUUGAGCAAUGAGAAAGUGAUUUAGACAUUUAUAGAUUAUGAAACAUGUUGCACCUGAACUCGGCUCAAUAAUAGGCAACUGGUCUUGUUAUACAGUUGAAAUCAGAAGUUUACAUACACUUAGAUUGGAGUCAUUAAAACCUAUUUUUCAACCACUCCACAAAUUUCUUGUUAACAAACUAUAGUUUUGGCAAGUCGGUUAGGACAUCUACUUUGUGCAUGACACAAGUAAUUUUUCCAACAAUUGUUUACACACAUUGUUUCACUUAUAAUUCACUGUAUCUCAAUUCCAGUGGGUCAGAAGUUUACAUACACUAAAUUGACUGCCUUUAAACUGCUUAGAAAAUUCCAUAAAAUGAUGUCUUGGCUUUAGAAGCUUCUCAUAGGCUAAUUGACAUCAUUUCAGUCAAUUGGAGGUGUACCUGUGGCUGUAUUUCAAGGCCUACCUUCAAACUCAGUGCCUCUUUGCUUGACAUCAUGGGAAAAUCAAAAGGAAUCAGCCAAAUUGUAGACCUCCACAAGUCUGGUUCAUCAUUGGGAGCAAUUUCCAAAUGCCUGAAGGUACCACGUUCAUCUGUACAAACGAGUGCGCAAGUAUAAACACUAUGGGACCACGCAGCCGUCAUACCGCUCAGGAAGGAGACACGUUUUGUCUCCUAGAGAUGAAAGUACUUUGGUGUGAAAAGUGCAAAUCAAUCCCAGAACAACAGCAAAGAACCUUGUGAAGAUGCUGGAGGAAACGGGUAUAAAAGUAUCUAUAACCACAGUAAAAUGAGUUCUAUAUCGAAAUAACCCGAUAGCUACUCAGCAAAGAAGAAGCCACUGCUCCAAAACCGCCUUUAAAAAAGCCAGACUACAGUUUGCAACUGCACAUGGGGACAAAGAUUGUACUUUUUGGAGAAAUGUCCUCUGAUCUGAUGAAAGAAAAAUAGAACUGUUUGGCCAUAAUGACCAUCAUUAUGUUUGGAGGAAAAAGGGGGGGGCUUGCAAGCCGAAGACCACCAUCCCAACCGUGAAGCACGGGGAUGGCAGCAUCAUGUUGUGGGCGUGCUUUGCUGCAGGAGGGGCUGGUGCACUUCACAAAAUAGAUGGCAUCAUGAGAAUAGAAAAUGAUGUGGAUAUAUCGAAACAACAUCUCAAGACAUCAGUCAGGAAGUUAAAGCUUGGUCAUAAAUGGGUCUCUCAAAUAGACAAUAACCCCAAGCAUACUUCCAAAGUUGUGGCAAAAUGGCUUAAGGACAACAAAGUAAAUGUAUUGGAGCUGCCAUCAAAAAGCCCUGACCUCAAUCCCAUAGAAACUUUGUGGGCAUAACUGAAAAAGCAAGGAGGGCUACAAACCAGACUCCGUUACACCAGCUCUGUCAGGAGGAAUGGGCCAAAAUUCACCCAACUUAUUAUGAGAAGCUUGUGGAUGGCUACCCGAAAUGUUUGACCCAAGUUAAAUGCUACCAAAUACUAAUUGAGUGUAUGUAAACUUCUGACCGACUGGGAAUGUGAUGAAAGAAAUAAAAGCUGAAAUAGAUCAUUAUCUCUACUAUUAUUCUGAUAUUUCACAUUCUUAAAAUAAAGUGGUGAUCCUAACUGA